CAUAUAGUCCCUGUCCCACACGCAGGCCUCGCCUCUGCGCAAACGUGCGCUGCUGACGUCGGGCCCGUCUUCCCACCUGGACUCAUUCCACGUCUGCACGUCUUGCAAUUUAACCAACCUCGGGACAGUUGUCCUGAUCGGACCUGGGCCCAAGAGAGGCACAAGGAAGUGAGGCACCGCUUACCGCAGGAAGUGAGGCAUGUCUACGUGGGGGAACACGGAGCCUCGCCGCAAAGCGGGCGGCGACAGCCGGACGCGGCUGGACGUCCUGAUGACGUCUCCAGUGCCCACACGGAGCGCCUCGCAGACUCUAGAGGCGAUGGACCUGGGAAGUCCGCCUACCGCCCCCGGCACGGCGUGUGGCGGUUUCCGCCUGGGCCAGAUGCACGGCGCCACGGGGCUACCGGUUGCACGACCGCUGUUCGGGGCUGCACCAACCCGCCACGAGAUUGACUCCUUCUUCCUCGCGGCGGAGCAGAAGUUGGCUCUGCGGCGAUUGUCGACACGGGCUGAACGCUAAAAGCUGCGACAGAGGCAAAAGGCAACGCCGAGCAGUGCCGGGAAUCGCGGAGCCUGCCAACCUGCAGCAAGCAUACGGGGCGUGAGCUACUGAACUGUCUGCUACUGCCGGCGGGGUGCACAUGCAUGCACGCACACAAUCAGGUAUCUGGCACUCGGGAUGGUAGAGCGCACUGUCAGAAACAGCUGAGCCGGGCGGAAGGGCAGGGCGGGGAGCAGUCAUGCUCCGUGCGCGCAAUCCCAACAAAUCGUUCGCGAGUGGAAACGCCAUGUUGGCGAAAGGGGGCGUGGGCGCCCCAGCGGAGCCUAUACGACGAGUUGGGUGCUUUAAAUGCCGCUGUUGGGCGCUUGUAGUACUAUGCGCAGCGUUUAUGCAUAUGUGUAGUGCGUGGCAGCAAAAAAGGUUCUGUUGAUGGGUCAUAUGUGUUGGGCGGCACCUUUGUCCAAGAUGUCUGCGUCCAAGAUGCGUUCGGUCAAGGUGCUUGGGUUUUUGCAAACAGGCUUGGGGCCCUGCCCUGGUGCCCAUGUGCACAUACGUGACGUUAAGCCUACGCAUUGAUUUCAUGGGCUUGACAGGUUGUUGACGAUUGAAGAAUGCAACUGGCAGGAUGAGUGCCCCCGCGCACACCGCCUUGGUUGUGUGCGUGUUUGUGUGCGCCAUCGUGUCGUCAAACGGUGUAUGCGUGUGUUCGUUUUGCUUAUGCGUCACUUACUGUUCAGACAAGCCACCAACCUUGUACGUGACAUGACCAACGUUGGUGCGGUUGUGACGUAAUGAAAAACUAGGAGGCGAGUGGACAAGAGUGCUAGUGGAUACUGCCUAGCACCUUCAAUUUUGCGUAUCAGCGAGUGUUCGGUGCGUGAGAUGCAGAUGCAUUGCGGUCAUGUUACAGCUGUGGUAUGCAUGCAAAAAGCAGCAUUGAAUUGCUGCUGGAGGAAACUGUCACGUCAGGUCACGCAUUAUGCACAGUCAGUGCGGUAGACAUAAUCAAACGCAGGGUUCACCGGCGCAGGAUGCGUUCGGCUUCACGGCUCCGCUGGCGGGGAUGGAAGGCUGUACAUAUGAAUCUUUCAGGGCGGCAGCAGGGAAACAAGAUGCUGGCAUGAAGGCCGGCGUGUCUGCGAGAGUGUUGCGUAUGAGAUAUACCGGUAGAUGACCAGACGCUUUCUCAUCAGCCGGGGGCGCCCGCUCCAGUAUUUUGGGGUUGCUGUGCUUGCAGCACACCUGGCGCAUCGGCCUUGUGCUCGGUGCCCGGCCCGGACUGAAUGAGGAUGCAAUGACUUGCAUAGACCAAAACUGCAUGGAUGAGGUUUGGCGCCCCACGCCGUUUGUUUUAUGGACGAGUUAGGCAGGGCGAGUAGUGCAGUGCAUGGCGUGGCGUGGCGUGAUGUGCUUUCCAACGUGUAUAAGCAGGAUGGGGCAUCUGGCCUUCUUCUCUGGGUUCUUCAAGUCCCAUAUCUUUUGUAUAGCGUUUCUGUGAGAGGAUCAUCAUGACCAACGUGAAUUCUGGUUUCCUACUUAGGCUUUUGCGCUCAAAUAUAAAGUGCCGGAAUAAUCAGUAUAAAGACACGUCAAGACUCGUAGCAUAGCACUGUGGCAUCAUCCCCACUUUCAAGUCACGGUUGCUGUGGUUGAGCUGGCAUGUCAAGUAGACCCGGUUAGGGGUAGCCGUGCACGUAAGCCGCAGAGACGGGGGCAGGGGCGGUGAGGUGGCCAACGGACACAGCCGACCUGGUGAGGCUGACUGCGAUGCUAAGCUCGGGUUAUGGUCGUGGACAUGGUGUCGACACGUUGUGCAUGGACACAGGUUGUUUUGCAUGGGCUGCCGCCAGUCUGGGUACUGGUCAGCGCGCGGGAAUGUCUUGUACUCUACCAUUAGUGCGCUGACGUCGCUUGAGUCACUGGGGGGCGUGUUCCAUUUUUUGGGCAUGAGAGCUACCGCCACAUGCGGCAUGUAUAGGCUCAAGUGCAAUGCACACGUCGGCCCCUUCACGUCACGGUUAAAAGUUCUUAUUUGGAGGUGACGGCACGAUUAAAUGCGGGUGAAGGUGUUGCCCUAACUACAUGAGCUGUCCAUUGUCCGGGCCUGGGCGCCCUGUGGUCUGAUUUGAUUAUGUCUGGCAGGGCCCAGGGUAUGUAUCACUUCUGUGGACAGGAAAAUGCGGAGGAUGCCUCUGCGCUAGCCAAGCAUGGGGGAAUAUAUCGACUAGGUUGCUUCGUGUGGGAACUUGGCGAGUGUGGUAGAGCCUCGGAUGCCCCUCGCCUCAGAUGCCCCCCGUCGGCUGCACAGGGACAGUCCAGUGGCGUGGGUGGGCUGUAUGGAGUCAGAGCGUCGCCGGCUUGGUGAUGCAAGUUGCGGGGGCAGUGCCAAAUACUGGGUGGAGGUUAGGGAUUCUAUUCAAUGUUCACGGCCACACGAAAGGCUGCGUCUCAGGUGACGAGGUGUCAGGGCAUGGCGCUUGUUGAUUGUUGUAUUGAGGCCACCUGGAGCAUGCCCGGAGUCUUGUCAA